AUGCUGGAAGACAUAACCCCAGCAAGAGUAAAUAUAGGAAGAUUCAUUCCUAUACUCGAUUCAUCCAUUUUAUGGAUAUUUGCUGACGCUAGUCAAGUAGCAACAGCAGUAUGUGCGUACAUACAAACAGAUCAUCAAGUGAGUGAUCUGUUAACCGGAAAGGUUAAGCUCGCUCCGAAACGGAAAAUAACAAUUCCAAAGUUAGAAUCGUUAGCGUUUCGACUGGCCACGACAUUGGCAUUAAACUUCAUGCUAAAUACGCAACAAAAGAAGUUAAAAAGAAUAAAGCUAGUAACAGAUAGCCACAUUGCGUUAGAUUGGCUAUGUUCCACGAAAAAGCUAAGUGGACACGUUACACAGCAGAUAGCAGCCGUUCAGAAUAUGAUAAAUAGGCUCACAGACAUGGGGUGUGAAGUUGAUCUGUAUCACGUAACAACAGAUCACAACCCUGCCGAUAUUGGUACUAGAGGUAGUACCAAAGGCGAAUGUCAAGAAUCCAUG